GAAGUCAUGCAAAACCAAAGUGUUGUGACUGAGUUUGUACUCCUGGGGCUCUCACAGAAUCCAAGAGUUCAGAAAAUAGCAUUUGUGGUGUUUUUGUUGAUCUACUUUGCAACUAUGGGGGGCAACAUGCUGAUCGUGGUGACAAUUGUAUGCAGCCCUGCUCUGCUGGGCUCCCCCAUGUACUUCUUCUUGGUAUUCUUAUCAUCUCUGGAUGCCUGCUUCUCCUCAGUUGUCACCCCAAAGACAAUUGCAGACACUCUCCAUGAGAGGAAAACCAUCUCCUAUGAAGGCUGCAUGAUGCAGGUCUUUGGUGUACACUUCCUUGCAGGGGCAGAGGUGAUUGUCCUCACCGCCAUGGCCUAUGACCGCUAUGUGGCCAUUUGCAAGCCCUUGCACUACUCCUCCAUCAUGAACUGGAGGCUCUGUGGCAUUCUGAUGGCCGUAGCCUUGAUAGGUGGCUUCCUACACUCUAUGAUUCAAAUUUUCUUUACUUUCCACCUGCCACUAUGUGGCCCCAACAUCAUCGAUCACAUCAUGUGUGACCUGUACCCAUUAUUGAAGCUUGCCUGCACUGACACACACAUCUUGCGUCUUUUGGUGGUUGCCAACAGUGGGUCUUUCUGCAUCCUCAUCUUCUCUAUGUUGCUUGUGUCCUAUGGUGUCAUCUUGUUUUCCCUGAGGAAGCACAGUUCUGGAGGGCAGAGGAAGGCUCUCUCCACCUGUGGGUCCCACAUUGCUGUUGUGGUUUUAUUUUUUGUUCCGUGCAUAUUUAUGUAUGCACAACCUCCAUCUGUUUACUUCUUUGAUAAAGUUGUGGCCAUAUUUUGCACCAUGUUAACUCCCUUGUUCAAUCCUAUUAUUUAUACAUUCCGGAAUAAGGACAUGAAGAAUGCAAUGAGAAAAGUAUGGAAGAGAUUUGUGGUGGUUUCUGAUGAAAAAAUAAAACAUUAA